AUGAAGUUCUCCUUCCACUUGACACUCGUUUCCUCAUCUCUCUUACUGCUUCCUUUGCUUGCAACUGUAUCGUCGGCUGUGCCGCUUGUUGCGAGACAAGAUGAUGCUUCCGAGACUCCUGAAGGUCAAGCAAUCGAACGUAAUGGUCCGCUUCCAGAGGACACAAAGUCAGUCUUUGACAUGGCGCUCAAUUCCACGGAUUAUCCUGACACUGUCGAGGCCGCACUCAAUGGAACGUACGCUGAAGCGUUGGCCGCUACCCGUGAUGCGACCGCUGCCGAGAUUGAAGAGCUUACUUUCUACUCUGCACUUUCGGCUAAUGUGUACUGCCCAGCAGUGAUUGGCGGACUAUGGGUGUGCCCCAACUGUGACAAGACGCGUCACCUCGAGAUCGUCGAGACAUUCAACACACUUGUCUACGAUAUGAACGGUAUUAUUGCCCGAGAUGACGAUAAGAAGGAGAUUAUCGUCGUUUUUCGAGGAUCCGUUUCUAUCAACAAUUGGAUCGCUGACUUGAAUGCUGUCCUCGCUGACUACCCCUCUGUUACGCUCGCUCGGGUUCACGCUGGCUUCCUUGGCUCAUGGGAGGAUUGUAAAUCCACGGUCACUAGUACGGUCGAAAGUGAAUUGAGCUCUCAUCCCGAUUACAAACUUGUUAUUACAGGUCACUCUCUUGGUGGCGCUGUGGCUGUACUUGCUGCUUUGGAUUUCCAUGCCGAUGGAGUUUCUGAUUUGGCACUUUAUACUCAAGGACAGCCCCGUGUGGGCAAUCGCCGGCUUGCUCAACAUAUUGUUGAUACCGGAAUCACGUAUAAGCGUGCUGUUCAUGCCCGUGACACGGUUCCACACGUUCCUGAUAACUUGAAUGGAUUCUAUCAUGCCGGAGAAGAGUACUGGCAAGUGUCUGAUCUUACAAGCCGCGUCCAGGUCUGCCCUGACGGCCUCGAAACGUCUGACUGCGCCAAUUCUAUUGCUCCCUUCACCAGUUUCGUUGACCACACCACAUACUUUGACAUGAGCACUGGUAUUUGCUUGUAA